AGUGAUCCGAAAUAUCGUUGACGGGACAACACGAAGCAAUCAGAAUCGUCGAUCCAUUUAAAAAAGAAAUCGUCGAGAAGAUUCGCGAGGGUGCGAGCUGACGAUAACCGUAGUAUGAGAGAAGAGCGGCACGCAGCGAGAAGGUCACGGAGGGAGGUUGGAAAGAGCUCAGUGCCGUAGCAUGCCGGCGAGCUGCAGCGGGUGGUGGGGCGUCUCUGAGAGAGAGCGUCGAUCGGCGUCGUCAGGCGUCUACUCGGGCGUCUGCGUGGUCGAGCAGCGGAAGGGUGCCUACGCGAGUAUAACAGGAGGAGGAGGAGGAGGCGGAGGCGGAGGAGGAGGAGGCGGAGGAGGAGGCGGGGGAAGUAAGCGGAAGCGAAGGAGAAGGGGGAGGAGAAGAAGGAGAAGAGAGGAAGGGAGGGUGGUGAGGAGGAGGGACCGAUGAGCGCGGGGGGGGAUGGGGGCUCGGGGUUGGGCCCCCCUGAGCUGGCGGGGGCCCAGCCGACUGCCGCGACCCCCCCCAUCCUCGGCCAGCAUCGGAACCCCGACACUGGCCAGGACGGACAGCAGGCCGCCACCGCGCAGUCUCAGACGGGCCAGACUCUUGGGACCAGCACAGGUGCCGCUGCCGCCGCCGCCGCUGCUGCCGCCGCGGCCAAAUCUGCUACCAAAAGGCCGGCUCGCAGAGGUGGCAAAGCGCCGCCCGACAGACCAAACAGGACCCUCUUUUGUUUACCCCUUAAGAAUCCCCUUCGAAAAAUGUGCAUCGACGUCGUCGAAUGGAAACCUUUCGAGUGGCUUAUUCUCAUGACGAUAUUCGCCAACUGCAUCGCCCUUGCGGUCUACACACCGUAUCCCUACGGCGAUUCUAAUUUGACCAACCAAUAUUUGGAAAAAAUAGAGUAUAUAUUUCUUGUGAUUUUUACGGUCGAGUGCGUUAUGAAGAUCAUCGCUUACGGCUUCGUGGCUCACCCCGGGGCUUAUCUUCGAAACGGCUGGAACAUAUUAGAUUUCUCGAUAGUAGUGAUAGGGAUGGUGAGCACGGUGUUAUCCGUGCUGAUGAAGGAAGGUUUCGACGUGAAAGCGUUAAGGGCAUUUCGGGUGCUACGACCACUCAGGCUGGUGUCCGGAGUACCAAGUCUGCAAGUGGUCCUAAACUCUAUUUUAAGAGCGAUGAUACCCCUCCUCCACAUCGCUCUCCUCGUUCUCUUCGUCAUCAUUAUUUACGCCAUCAUCGGCCUCGAGCUCUUCUCCGGCAAGAUGCACAAAACGUGCAGGCACAAUAUGACCGAUGCGAUCAUGGACGAUCCGGUUCCAUGCGGGCCAGGCGGUUACCAGUGCGACAACGUGGGAUCCGAUUAUUAUUGCAGCAAGCAAUUUUGGGAGGGGCCGAAUUGGGGUAUCACGAAUUUCGACAACUUUGGCUUGGCAAUGUUGACCGUCUUCCAAUGCGUCACCCUCGAGGGUUGGACCGAGGUGCUUUACAACAUCGAGGACGCGAUGGGAAGCUCGUGGCAGUGGAUUUAUUUCAUCUCUAUGGUCAUACUUGGGGCAUUCUUCGUUAUGAAUCUGAUUCUCGGUGUGCUGUCCGGCGAGUUCUCGAAGGAGAGGGAGAAGGCGAAGGCGAGGGGCGACUUCCACAAAUUGAGGGAGAAACAGCAGAUCGAGGACGAUCUGAGAGGUUAUCUGGAUUGGAUCACGCAGGCCGAGGACAUCGAGCCGGAGACCGACGAGCCGAAAAUGCAGGAUGGGAAGACGAAACAGCAGAGCGAGAUGGAGAGCACGGACCAAUUGGAGGGCGACGAGGAAGGAGUGCAACAGGAAUCUCUGUGGAGAAGGAAGAAGCUGGAUUUCGACAGAGUGAACAGAAGGAUGAGAAGGGCCUGCAGGAAAGCCGUCAAGUCGCAAGUUUUCUAUUGGUUGAUCAUAGUAUUGGUUUUCCUGAAUACCGGCGUUCUUGCGACCGAGCAUUACAAUCAACCUCAUUGGUUGGACGAUUUUCAAGAAAUCACCAAUAUGUUUUUCAUCGCGUUGUUUUCCAUGGAAAUGAUGCUGAAAAUGUAUAGCUUAGGAUUCCAAGGUUACUUCGUCUCGUUGUUCAAUCGUUUCGAUUGUUUCGUCGUGAUCGGUUCGAUCACCGAGAUGAUCCUGACGAACACUCACGUGAUGCCACCGCUCGGCGUUUCCGUUCUCCGUUGCGUCCGGUUACUCAGGGUAUUUAAAGUGACAAAAUAUUGGAGGUCGUUGUCGAAUUUGGUGGCUUCCCUUUUGAACUCUAUACAAUCGAUCGCGUCUCUGUUGCUACUGCUCUUCCUUUUUAUCGUGAUCUUUGCCCUGCUGGGUAUGCAGGUGUUCGGCGGAAAAUUCAAUUUUAACGUUUUAGAGAACAAACCUCGCCACAAUUUCGACAGCUUUUGGCAAAGUUUGCUGACUGUCUUUCAGAUACUAACAGGCGAGGAUUGGAACGCCGUUAUGUACGACGGCAUUAGAGCGUACGGCGGUGUUUCGAGCUUCGGCAUGCUCGCCUGUUUCUACUUCAUCAUUCUCUUUAUAUGCGGUAAUUACAUCCUGCUGAACGUAUUCUUGGCCAUCGCUGUUGACAACCUCGCGGACGCCGAAUCGUUGACUGCCAUCGAGAAAGAAGCGGAGGAAGAGGCGGAGAAAAAUAAAUCUCACAGCGCCUCGCCGACCAGGGACAAGGAUAGCGGAGAACAAGGCGAUGACGGUGGCGAGGGAACAGGCGGCGAGGACGAAGGUGGCGGCACUGAUCUUGAACACGAUCCGAACGAGACGAUGGAGGAUUACGAAGCGGCUGACACUGAAACGUCGGAGAAAAGCGACGACAUGAACACUCACGCCAAGGUACGAUUGAACAUAGAAUCCGACGAGGAGGUGGAGGAAGAGGAGGAGGUCGAGCACAACGAAAUGCACGACGAUGGGACGGAGCAAGGAGUAUCGGCCAGGCCACGACGAAUGUCCGAAUUCAACAUGGCCACGAAGAAACAACCGAUUCCAGCCGGCUCGGCUUUCUUCAUCUUCUCCCAAACGAACAGAAUUCGAAUAUUCUGCCACUGGCUGUGCAAUCACAGUUACUUCGGCAACGUGAUCCUCGUGUGCAUCAUGAUAUCUUCGGCUAUGCUAGCGGCCGAAGAUCCUUUACGCGCCUCCUCCUCUAGAAACUUGGUUCUCCAGAAGUUUGACUAUUUCUUCACCACUGUAUUCACGAUCGAGAUCUGUUUGAAGAUGAUCUCUUACGGUUUCAUUAUACACGAGGGUGCAUUCUGUCGAUCGGCGUUCAACCUGCUCGAUCUCUUGGUCGUGUGCUCCUCUCUGAUCUCUAUGUCUUUCAGCUCCGGGGCAUUUUCCGUCGUCAAAGUUCUUCGCGUGUUGCGCGUGUUGAGGCCUCUACGCGCCAUAAAUCGUGCCAAGGGAUUGAAGCACGUAGUACAGUGCGUCAUCGUAGCGGUAAAGACUAUCGGAAACAUAGUCCUCGUCACCAGCCUCCUGCAGUUCGUGUUCGCCGUCGUUGGCGUACAACUGUUCAAGUACGUAGUCAAGUGUGUGAUUGUCGCCAUUAAAACGAUUGGCAACAUUAUGUUGGUCACCUAUCUCCUACAGUUCAUGUUCGCUGUUAUCGGGGUACAGCUGUUUAAGGGAAAAUUUUUCUAUUGUACCGAUGCAUCGAAAAUGACCAAGGAGGAAUGCCAGGGUACGUAUCUCGAAUUCGAGAACGGUAAUAUCAAUAAGCCAAUCAUGAAGGAGAGAAAUUGGUGUCAGCAACGUUUCCAUUUUGACGAUGUUGCGAAAGCGAUGCUCACGCUUUUCACCGUGUCGACGUUCGAAGGUUGGCCGUCAUUACUAGACUACUCGAUCGACUCUAACAAGGAGGAUCAUGGACCAAUUCAUAAUUUUCGACCGAUAGUGGCCGCGUACUACAUCAUUUACAUCAUUAUCAUAGCAUUCUUCAUGGUGAACAUCUUCGUUGGUUUCGUUAUUGUCACUUUCCAGAACGAGGGUGAGCAAGAGUACAAAAACUGCGAGCUCGAUAAAAAUCAGCGGAAUUGCAUCGAGUUUGCGUUAAAGGCGAAACCAGUACGAAGAUACAUACCGAAGCAUCGAAUACAGUACAAAGUGUGGUGGUUCGUCACAUCUCAGCCGUUCGAGUACACCAUUUUCACUCUGAUCAUGAUCAACACCGUGACCCUAGCGAUGAAGUUUUAUCGACAACCGGAAAUCUACACGCAAGCAUUAGACGUUCUCAAUAUGAUCUUCACCGCGGUCUUUGCCCUCGAGUUUAUCUUCAAACUGGCGGCCUUUCGAUUUAAGAACUAUUUCGGGGACGCUUGGAACGUUUUCGACUUUAUCAUAGUUCUCGGAAGUUUCAUCGACAUCGUUUACUCGGAGGUUAAUCCCGGUUCGACCAUCAUCUCCAUCAAUUUUUUCCGCUUGUUUCGAGUGAUGCGACUAGUCAAAUUGUUGAGCAGAGGCGAAGGUAUAAGAACGCUUCUGUGGACAUUUAUCAAAUCUUUCCAAGCCCUGCCCUACGUAGCAUUAUUAAUCAUAAUGCUAUUUUUCAUUUAUGCCGUGAUAGGCAUGCAGGUAUUUGGAAAAAUAGCGAUCGACGACGAGACGUCGAUUAAUAGAAACAACAAUUUUCAAUCGUUCCCGCAAGCGGUAUUAGUCCUAUUCCGAUCGGCUACAGGCGAAUCUUGGCAGGAAAUAAUGAUGGACUGUUCGGUGCAACCGGGUAAAGUAAAAUGCGAUCCGAACAGCGACGAAGCGCUUAACACAAAUGGCUGUGGAUCCGACAUUGCAUUUCCCUACUUUAUAUCUUUCUACGUUUUAUGCUCGUUCCUCAUCAUCAAUCUGUUCGUCGCCGUAAUCAUGGAUAAUUUCGAUUACUUGACGAGAGAUUGGUCCAUACUGGGUCCCCACCAUUUGGACGAGUUUAUUCGUCUAUGGUCCGAGUACGACCCCGACGCCAAAGGUCGUAUCAAGCAUCUAGACGUGGUCACUCUUCUCAGAAAGAUAUCCCCGCCGUUGGGUUUCGGUAAACUCUGCCCUCAUCGCGUCGCUUGCAAAAGACUAGUCUCGAUGAACAUGCCGUUGAACAGCGACGGUACGGUCCUGUUCAACGCGACGCUGUUCGCUGUGGUGAGAACCUCGUUAAGGAUCAAAACCGAGGGAAAUAUCGAUGACGCGAAUGCCGAGCUAAGAGCGGUGAUCAAGAAAAUUUGGAAAAGGACAAGUCCCAAGCUUCUGGACCAAGUGGUCCCGCCUCCAGGCGGCGACGAUGAAGUGACCGUUGGUAAAUUCUACGCUACAUUUUUGAUCCAAGACUACUUCAGAAGGUUCAAGAAGCGCAAAGAGCAAGAAAUGAAGGACGGCGACAAAGAGUGUCACAAUACUGUCACGCUUCAGGCCGGUUUAAGAACGUUGCACGAGGCUGGCCCCGAGUUGAAGAGAGCCAUUUCCGGAAACUUGGAAGAACUUUUGGACGACAAUCCGGAACCUAUGCAUAGGAGGAAUCAUUCGUUGUUCGGCAGCGUUUGGUCGAGUAUGAGGAAAGGGCAUCACAGUUUCAAUCGGGCCAGAUCGUUGAAAGUGAACUCGACGAGCAAGGCCUCCCCGACGAAUUCCAUCGACUUCGUGCCGUACUCGUCGUUCCACAGAGGAGGUGGCGAUCCGUCGAAUCAAAUUACCGCGAGAUCCCAUCAAGUGGUGCCGAACGUAGCAGGCGGUUUGAGCGACAGCGCGAUGAACCAAAUGGGGAUCGAUCCUAAGCUGACCGGUAUCGAAGAGAGCAUACCGCUGAGACCGUUGGCAGUGUUCGGAAAUCCCGUCCAGCAACAAUCCUAUCACCACACUUCCUACAAAGUACUCGAGUGUUGCCCGUGUCGCGCGGUGCGUCCAAUGCGCGUCGACCACGUCGCGGCUGCUCGAACCAGUGUACAGGACGGAAUCGAGCGGCAGCUGACGCCACCGACGCCACCACCCCGAAGGAACCCACCACCACCACCACCACUACCACCAUUACCACCCCAGACCAUUGAUCCUGCAAGCACCGGCACCCUGCUGCACUCCGCGCAAGUCUCAUCCGGCAAGUCGGCCAGCGCGACGACCUCGAUCGCCACGUGCACCAACACGUCCACCGCGACCAGCAGCCCGAGCCUCGGAUCGUCCUCCAACGGGAUACGAUGUUACGCGACCAGGGGUUGCUGCGUCGAUUGCGCCGUCUGGAGUAAUCACGCCAUAGAUCGCGAGGACUUCGGUGAUUCGUCGGCGACGAGCGAGUAUAGCGAAUCCGGUGGAUCGAGAGGUUCGGCUGGCUCAAGAGGUUCUGGAAUGUCGAGCAACGGUUGGAGCAACUCGGAAAAGAUUGGUGGAGGGGGAGAAGAAGUAGGAGGAGAAGGAGGAAUAGGAGGAAUAGGAGGAAUGGGAGGAGGAGGAGGAAUAGGAGGAGGAGGGGGAGGUUGCGGAGGAUCGCUGAGGCAGGAGUUGGCGGUAGCCGGGUCUCGAUGCCGGGUUCAGAGUGGACGCGAUCCGUUGGUCGGCAAGUCGGCACCCUCGAGUUUUCGAAAGCGGGAGAGUACAGGUGGCGGUGGACAGUCGAGCAGCUCGACCACGUCCGCGAGUACCGGAUUCGCGCGCAGCGUUGCCAACGGCCUCAAGCUCGCCCAGACACAGGCGAUCGCUGUAGCCGGAUUCCUUGCCGACGUGGACUCGCGACACGACCGAAUCUGCGCCUCCUGUCUGUCGCAUCGGGCCUCUUACCACGGCAGAGUUUCCUGGGCUGGAGAGAGUAACGGAAGCAUCGGCGCAGAGCGCCUGUCCCACAGCUUGCCAGGCAGCCCAGCCGAUCGGAAGCCCAACUUCGAGGUGAUAGGGAGCGCGGAGAGCCUGGUCGGUCGGGUUCUGGUGGAACAAGGAUUGGGCAAGUACUGCGAUCCGGAUUUUGUGAGGUACACGUCGCGAGAGAUGCAGGAAGCGUUGGACAUGACGCGCGAAGAGAUGGAUCGAGCGGCUCACCAGCUUCUCCUUCAGGAACGUCGCGGGCAACCGUUGUCCUAUCAAUUACAGCAGGGAGUGGACCAACAAUGGACGUCGUCCUAUCAGCCAAGCCAAUCGACGGGAAUCGGGUAUCAACCUUUGCAAGAGCAACAAUCGUCCGGACAGCCGCGACAGUAUCGAUCGUAUUAUCGCGGUGGUGGACAAGCGACCACGACCUCGGAUCCAUCGUCGGUCCAGCAGCAACAACAACAACAACAACAACAACAGCAACAACAACAACAGUCGCCGCCGUCUUAGCGACGCGUCCAUCGGCCGAUAGAUUCUAGUGUUCCUAACUCGUUCACCUUCGUCGAACGAGAACAAGUUUCGUCCCGGAUCGAUCGUCGCGACUAGAACGAAAAGCGAAACGAAACAGUGGCGCCACCGCGAUCUCUUAGGUAUAUCCUCUUUCUCUCGUUACGUGCAACGAAGCGUAACAAAGAGGGACCUCGGGUGGGGAUAACUGUGGAAAAGAAAUGAACGCGGACGCAAGCAAUAAAGAGAGCAACGAGAGCAACGAGCAGCGUUCACGCGUCCAAGAAAGGGAGAUCGGGAGAUGGGGAUUGGAAUUGAUCAUUUUUCGGAAAGGAAAUCGAUCGUGCGCGAUCCGAUUCCGACUCGUGGGAGAGUAUGGCGCGUCGCGCGAACACUACCACUAUCACGACGACGACGACGACGCGAGAAAUGAGAGAAACUCGUCGCGAACGAUUAAUCCUUAUUGCUCUCGUUAUUAAUAACUUAUUCCUUCGAUUACCGUUGUUUAGGAUAUAAAUUGAACUCACUAUUGCUCUUCGUACGAUGGAUUACUAGAUGAGAUAACAAGUGCCUAAGUAUCUGUAACUUCUUUCGGACCAGAGAAGACUUUUAUCAACUGAGACAAAAAAAAUACUAUUACCGCGAAUUAUGAAACGAGUUACGAGUAUGUAUGCUACGAUAUUCUGUAACGAUAUAUGUAUGUAUAUGUAAGUAUAUAUAUACAUAUAUCGUUACACAUGUAUAUUAUACGACACAUACACACAAUGCGCGCGCGCACAUACACACGCACGCACAAGAACCUUUCUUAUUGAUUAUUAAUUAUUAUUAUUAUUAUUAUGAUUAUGAUUAUUAUUAUCAUUAUUAUCAUUAUUCGUAUAUAAUUGUACAUACUACGUUGCGGAUAUAAUCAAUCGAUGCGCGAGGAUGAAUGGCCGAAUGCUGCGAUAUUCGUUUGUACGUCGGAGGGUGAACACGCGCAUGAUUUGCCAAGAGAUCAAGCGUGACGUGAUCCAGAUGACAGUUGAAACGAUCGCCGGACGAUCGAAUUUAAAUAACGUUUUCUAAAUAUAUACACACAUACUUACGUACUUAAAUACGCACUAGUGCCGAUAUUUCUACCAAUUAAACCGCGCGAUUUAAUCAAAAUCUGAGUUCCAUAUUUCGAAUCGAUAAUCACAUUCUGGACUUUGAACCGAAUCUGGAAACGCUGGAAUCGGUCACGAGGUUUCGUUUAUCGAAGAUCUUUCUUUCGUUCCCGAUCAUUUUACCCUGCCCUUCUCCUCUCUUUCCAAUUCGUCAUUUUUAACGAUUAUUUCCAUUAUUCCCAUAUAUAUAUUGUGUAACCACGCGCGCGUGUGUUUAUAUGCGUGCGUGCGUGCGUACGUGUGACGAAGAAUGAAAGAGAAGAGAGAGAGAGAGAGAGAGAGAGAGAGAGAGAGAAUGGCAGUGUAAGAGAUACAUUUGAUCGAAAGAGAAAUAUACCGGGCUAUCUAUCGAUGGAUCGAUGAAAAGAUGUUCCCUUCCACGCACAAAAUCGAGUAACGAUAUUGCGUGAUCGACCUUUCAUCCGAUCGUCGCUUCGUCGACUACCGAAACCGUUUCCGCGUAUAUAUUCGCGUAUUCCUCGCGAAAUGGCGAAAAAAAAAACACGAGACAAGGAAAUGAGGGGCAGACGCUUCGACGACGAGUAUCGGAUUCGAUUUCCAAGGGAAAAUUAAAAAAAAAAUGUGGAACAUAUCCAAUAGACACGUGGUUCUGCGGAUAUUCCACCGACUAUCCCUGUUUUACGCGGCGAAAGACUGUCGACCAAUUUCCACUCGAUUAUUUGGGAUCGAGCUGUCAACAUGUAUGUAAUAAUAUAUUUGUGGAAAUACGCUAUAGCGUAAUUUUCUAAAAAAAAAAAAGUGUUCACCUUUCUUAACGCGCAACAGUCGGGAAAUUUCGAAUGUCGAUGACGAUUUCGAUAACGCGGAUGAAAUAUGAUUCUUCUUUCUUCCCUUUCGAUAUUCUCUAGUCGCGAAAUUUCGUUUCGUCGAGUCUUGCCGCGAAAUUUUCCAGAAGAAACCCGAAACGAUCAACGCAAAAUCGUUCAAUCUCUCGUGUACCUUGAAACGACUUGGACAAUAAUUUUCAUCGAUGAUAUUUCUCAGAACCACGUUCUCUGGAACUCUUCUCGCCAUUAUUUCGAUACCAAAGCCAGGUUCUACUUCGACUCGUCGCAAACGCGUUACCCACCUUUUCGAUCUUUAUCUUAUUCGUGUUGUGUUUCUUUCCCAUUUGUCGAGUUUUCCUUUGUUUUUUCUUUUUCUCUCUCUCUUCUCUUUCUUUCCUUUUUCAUAUCCUUUCCUCGAUUCGCAAUUUUUUGUUUUCUAUUUUUUUUUUUCUUUUUUCUUUUUUAAUUAGAUCUCAAGAUCUACGGCCGAUUUUUUUAGAUAUACACAUAUGUAUAGUAAAUGGUAAAAAUCAUAUACAUACUUCUGCAUUCGAGUAAGACGUAAGAAUAGCUUCGGAGAGCCGCGGUCAACGCGUGCCCUUCGUCAACAAGGGAACCAAACAAACUAUAAAAAACGCUAUUUAAAAUGGAAUAAACCAAUCGACGGACGCGUCUGGACAUUUUCUUAGAAGUACGGUAAUAUAGGUAACGUGGUGUGUGUGAGGAGCCGAGAUAGUUUGGUAAUAACGUGCGCGGCUUCGUCGAAUAUCCAAUUACCGAGAGAGAAAAUAAAAAAGGAUAAUAAAGUAAGACGACGUCUCUGCCACACGACAAGUCGCGCACGAUAUUACCAAUCGUCCUGAGGAUGAUGCUACUCGCGUUAUAUAUACUAUAGUCGACCUUUCGUAUUCGUUUUUUCCAGCGUCUUUUUAACAAUUAUGUAUUUGUCUAUAGCGAUCUUUUUAUACUGUUGUAAAGUGGCGUUUACACCGAUCCGUAGAAUAUACGCGUAGAAAAAAAAAAAGAAAAAAAAAUUCUUACCUUUAAAUCAUAAUGUCGGAUUAAAUAGCGGCACGCGAUUCACUGUUGUCGCUUAAGUGUUUGAUAGACGCGUUUAGAGAGAGAGAGAGAGAGAGAGAGCGAGCGUGAGAGAGAGAGAGAGAGAGAGAGACCGAGACCAACGUUUUCUAUGUUACGAGACUGAAGAUCAUCGAAGCAUAUGGCGUAUUAUACCGAACGAAAGAGAGAGACAAGCAACGUAAAAUUCGAGAGAAACUGGUCCUUUUUAAUGCCUUCCUCUUCGGUCUCGCUAGCCUUUGUGGCCCAGUGAACCCAAAUCUGUGUAUUACUUGUUCAUCGAGCCACUAUUCUCAACACUACACACACAUACAUACAUACAUACACACACACACACACACACGGUGCACAUAAUCGAUAUCGACGAUCUUUUACCACGAGAUCGCGUGAAACGUUCGAAGAGCAAGAUUCGUGCGUUCACUUUGCACCCCGAUUACAGAUUAAAUAUACGCUUAUAUCGUCAUUCGAAGAUCCGAGAAUUUUUCGCAAACCAUUCGAAUUAUAUUCCGUUUUUAUUUUGCUACCUUCUUUGAAUCGUUAAUUACUAACAAGAAGAGAAAAAAUGAGAUCGAAGACACGACCAAACUGAUUAUUCGAAUUUUCGAAUCUUGUGCUUCGAUGCGUUUAAACGUGCUGGCGAAUUCGUGGCACAGCUUUGGCACUCACACACGCUACUUGCACCGUUUAUUUUUAUUAAGACCCUCUUAUAUCGACACGGUAAUAAACGAUGCUCGUGCAGACGUUAUCAUCGGUUUUUCGAAGACAUCAUACUUGACGCACUUUGACAAAGACGCCUCGAUCAUUGAUGUUCGAUACGAACCAAGAGUAACGCGUUUCCUCCUUUUCUUUCUCUUUCUUUCUUUGUACAUCAUUCUGUUCGAGACAUUAAAUUUUUCACUGUGCAACAAGUUUUCUCGAUCGAUAAUCUUUGUAACUCGAUGUUCGCGCCAAUUCGUAAGAGACUUUCGAUUCUCAGAUCCGAGAAUUAUUCGAUUUUGCUUCAAUUUUAUCACACUUGUUUUAUUUUUAUUAUUCGAUUCGUUAAAAAAUAACAAUGCUGAAAAGCAAGAGCAAAUAUUCGAAGAUGGCGACUCGACUAUUAGCAUUAACCGGUUUCGUGUACGAAUAAUAUAAUUACGUUACGAUAUUCAAAUAAUACGCACAAUACGAUUUAUCCAUUAGAUGUGAUUUAACGGUUAAUGCAAUGAUACAAAUUAUAAUGUCGAAAAUAAAAAUUGACGGAAAUAUAUGAUCGUAAGUUUAUCCGA